UUUUUUUGUAUCAAGUGAUUUGUUAAAUGAUUUGCACUUCAGGGCCACCAUAGCUCUCCUCUUUUCCUUCACACACAUUAGCGGCACCUUUUCAAAGACAGGAGCACGCGCAGGGUUAAUAAACCUGACUUCUCAUCAGCCAAUGAGCUGAUGAGAUAGACAUACCACACGUACUUCACGUGAUCAUUCGAAGAGGACCAUGAGGAGUAAUGGAGGGGUCUGGUGAAAACAGAAAGAAAGGAGUCCAGAGACCCCAGAGAAUAAGAGUAAAACCCAAGGAUGAAGCGGUAUACUAUGCAUCCAGGGGUAAGGACAGAGAAGGAUUGGACGUGAAAUUCAUUAACUCUCUCAAAGGUCGAGUAGUGUUUGCAAAGAGACACUUAGAACGAGGAGAAUUUCUUGUUGAAUACAGAGGGGAUUUGAUGGAAAAAAAGAAGUAUGAAAGGAGAGUUAAACUGUACCACAAAGGCUUAAAAGUCUUCAUGUUUGAGUUUUGUUACAAUGGAAAACAGCUGUGUAUUGAUGCAGCGAAAGAGGAUGGCUCAUUGGGAAGACUGGUCAAUGAUGACCAUAUCAACCCAAAUGGCAAAAUCAAAACGGUCACGGUGAAAGGACAUCCUCAUUUAUGUGUUUUUGCAACAAAAGACAUUAAACCAAAGGAAGCGAUUACUUAUAACAAUGGAGACUCAGACUGGCCAUGGAGAAUGAAGAUUUCAGAAGACAAACAUCCUGCUGAUGACGAUACACCAAUUGCAACGACCUCACUCCCAGAUGAGAAGCAGAUUUCAGAAGACAGACAUCCUGCUGAUGACGAUACACCAAAGGCAUCGACCUCACUCCCAGAUGAGAAACAGAUUUCAGAAGACAGACAUCCUGCUGAUGACGAUACACCAAAGGCAUCGACCUCACUCCCAGAUGAGAAACAGAUUUCUGAAGACAGACAUCCUGCUGAUGACGAUACACCAAAGGCCUCGACCUCACUCCCAGAUGAGAAACAGAUUUCAGAAGAAAGACAUCCUGCUGAUAACGAUACACCAAUUGCAUCGACCUCAGUCCCAGAUGAGAAACAGAUUUCAGAAGACAGACAUCCUGCUGAUGACGAUACACCAAAGGCAUCGACCUCACUCCCAGAUGAGAAACAGAUUUCUGAAGACAGACAUCCUGCUGAUGACGAUACACCAAAGGCCUCGACCUCACUCCCAGAUGAGAAACAGAUUUCAGAAGAAAGACAUCCUGCUGAUAACGAUACACCAAUUGCAUCGACCUCAGUCCCAGAUGAGAAACAGAUUUCAGAAGACAGACAUCCUGCUGAUGACGAUACACCAAAGGCAUCGACCUCACUCCCAGAUGAGAAACAGAUUUCUGAAGACAGACAUCCUGCUGAUGACGAUACACCAAAGGCCUCGACCUCACUCCCAGAUGAGAAACAGAUUUCAGAAGAAAGACAUCCUGCUGAUAACGAUACACCAAUUGCAUCGACCUCAGUCCCAGAUGAGAAACAGAUUUCAGAAGACAGACAUCCUGCUGAUAACGAUACACCAAUUGCAUCGACCUCAGUCCCAGAUGAGAAACAGAUUUCAGAAGACAGACAUCCUGCUGAUGACGAUACACCAAAGGCAUCGACCUCACUCCCAGAUGAGAAACAGAUUUCUGAAGACAGACAUCCUGCUGAUGACGAUACACCAAAGGCCUCGACCUCACUCCCAGAUGAGAAACAGAUUUCAGAAGAAAGACAUCCUGCUGAUAACGAUACACCAAUUGCAUCGACCUCAGUCCCAGAUGAGAAACAGAUUUCAGAAGACAGACAUCCUGCUGAUAACGAUACACCAAUUGCAUCGACCUCACUCCCAGAUGAGAAACAGAGCUUCCAACAUAAAGUGGGUUCUUCAUCAGCUUCAUCAUUUGAAAAAUGUGCAUUCUGUCAUGGCCCCUUAAGUGCCAGGAAAUGGAUUUGUGUCAAAUAUAAAGCCCUCCCUGAAAAUUAUGCUGAGAUGGAAGAUCCACGUAGAAAGCAAAAACGUCCAUGGUCUCCCAAAGAAAUUGCAGCUGUGAUGAGGCAUUUCCAGGAACACAUUGCUAAUGGAAAGCUGGCUACUGUUGUUGAAAUCAAACAGUGUAGGAGUGGUGAGCAUCCUACACUAGCUAGUCGCCCAGUCCAAAACAUAAUAGACUUUGUCAGAAAUCGUGGCCUGAUUCAAAAAAGGAAAAAACAGCAAAAGGAAAACAGCUGUUGAAUGAAUAAGCAUAGUUUGAAGAAUAUAUGUUACAAGUUUGUUGAAGAGAAGACAGGUGGCCAAAAAGUUAGGAGACAUUUAUGAUCUGUUUCACCAUUGUUCAAAAUAAACUUGGCUGUUCAGUGCCAGAUUGGGA